UGACAGUUAGCCUUCCUGAGCCACCUGAGGAUCCUCCAGUAAUUGAAUCUGUAACUGGGAGAACAGUCUCACUGAGCUGGAAAAGACCAAAAAACCUGGACCCAUCCAUGGAUCCUGCUUCACUCAUGUACGUUGUUCAACAACAAACUCUGGGCUCCACCCAAUGGACAACCAUUGCCUCCAGCCUCAGAGACACCUCUUAUACAGUCUCCUCACUUUCUAAGGGACUGUGUUAUUCCUUCAGAGUCCUUACUACCACUGGAAAAGCAUUCAGCAAACCCUCACAACCCACUGACCUGGUCCAGCUCAUUGACAGAGGACAGUAUUUACUCAAAGCUCCAGUCAUCCUGGACAAACCUGAUAUUGUGUAUGUAGUUGAGAACCAGCCUGUCACCAUCACAAUAACCCUUAAUCAUGUCCAAGCAACAGGCAUGUGGAAAAGAAGGGGAGUGGUGCUUGUCAACAAACCUGGUGCAGUAGAGAUGACCAUGCCUGAUGAUGACCAGCAUGCCCUCCACAUUGCCAAAGUGAAAAGCACAGAUGUAGGGCAGCUUAUCUUCAUGGCAAACAACCAGUAUGGCAGUGACCUCUGCACUCUGCAGCUGGCCAUGGCAGUGCCCCCUACAUUUGAGAUCAUCAUGGAGGACUUGGACGUGUGUGUUGGGGAAACAUCUCGUUUUGCUGUUGUUGUAGAUGGAAAACCUGACCCUGAUAUCUUCUGGUACAAGGAUAGUAUUCUUCUUGCAGAGAGCAGUCAUUGUACCUUUGUGUAUGAUGACAGAGAGUGCUCGCUUGUUAUUCUCAAUGCUCAGCCUGAGGAUAUAGGGGUCUACACUUGCACUGCUAAGAACAUGGCUGGGUCAGUGUCCUGUAAGGCUGAGCUUACGGUCCAUACUGCCAAAAAAGUGGAGGAAGAAGAAGAGCAAAUGGAAGAUGAAGGCACAAUUCUACGGAGGAUGCGCAGACUGACUGAUUACUAUGGCAUACACAAAGAGAUUGGCAGAGGGGCUUUUUCAUAUGUCAAGCGAGUGACACAAAAAAACGGUCAAUCAUUUGCAGCAAAAUUCAUCUCGGUGCGAGCAAAGAGAAAGACUUGUUCCCUGAGAGAGAUGAGCCUCCUGUCAGAGCUAGACCAUGAGAAUAUCAUCCACUUCUACGAUGCUUUUGAAAAGAGGCGUGUAGUGGUCAUUAUUACUGAACUGUGCCACGAAGAGCUUUUGGAAAGAAUAACAAAAAGAACAACCAUCUUAGAAUCUGAGGUUCAGUCUAUCAUACGGCAGUUACUCGAUGGUAUCGCCUAUCUUCACCGCAAUGACAUAAUUCACCUUGAUAUAAAGCCUGAAAACAUCCUCAUGGCAGACCAAAAAAGUGAUCACAUUCGUAUUUGUGAUUUUGGCAAUGCUCUGAAAGUCAAUCCAAAUGAGGAAUUGUACUGCAAAUACGGCACACCAGAAUUUAUUGCUCCUGAGAUUGUAAACCAGUCACCCAUCUCUAAAUCUACAGACAUCUGGCCAGUGGGUGUCAUAACUUAUUUAUGCCUAACAGGAGUUUCCCCAUUUGCUGGGGAAAAUGACCGUGACACUCUGCUGAACAUCAGGAAUUAUAAUGUUGCAUUUGAGGAAAGCAUGUUUAAAGACCUUUGCAGAGAAGCAAAAGGAUUCAUCAUAAAGCUCCUUGUACCAAACAAACUGAGACCUGAUGCCACAGAAUGUCUUCUUCAUCCUUGGUUCAAGUCACUGGCAAAGGGAAAAAGCAUCACCACAACAUUACAUAAGCAAGUGCUAGCCCGACGUAAAUGGCAGUGUUCGCUCAUUAGAUACAAGUCUAAAAUGGUGAUGAGAUCCAUAUCAGAAUUGCUGGAUGACUCUUCUAGCCAUGUGUCCCUUGCGGUGCCUAGAAACCUUAAGGACUGCUCACCACCUCCAUCAUCGUCCUCCGACUCAGAUGAGGACACUGAUGAGCUUCCUUUCAUCCCUAUGCCCCACACAAUGAUGUUCUCUGGUUCCCGGAUGUCUCUGACUGAGAUCCAUGAGGAUGAUGAUAAUGUCAUUAGAGGAUCCAAUGAUUCCUACCAAAAAAACAUUCAUCGGCUCAAGGACAUCACAGAAUGCCAGCCAACUGAUCGACAGCGGAAUGUAGACCACCUGGAGAUUGCAGAAAGGACUGAACACUUGAAAGAAUCCUUGCAAAGGGGUGCCAGUGUACAAGCUGAACAGGUAGAAGGCAAGUCCAGAAGAGCGCUAAUGCGAAGAGGGAGUUCUGCUGAUAGUGCGCUUCUUCUGCAGAUCACACCUGAAGAUGGAAAUGUGAAUGAUAAUACAGAGGAAAGCCAAAAGCACAUGAAAAAGGCAGUUUCCAUGGAGCUUCCACACCGGAGCAGUAGUCCAAAGACAGGCAAGCUAAGCAAGGAAGAUUAUGCUCUAAAACUUGACCUUUUGAGGCAGAGGUUGCUAAGAGGGGGCACUGUUGACAAGAAUAUGAGUGGUCUUCGUGGACCCCUGCUUGAGACACUGGGUGUUGAUGAUGAGAGACGAACUGCCUCUUUGGAACGUAACUCCAGACGUUCCAGGUUGAGUGCUUCAGGAGUUUCUCAGGCAUCCUUCACUGAAAGUCCAGAGGAAACAAAAACUGUAUCCAGGAAGAGGUCUUCUUUAAGGGAGGGAAACUCAGAGUCAAUUUCACUACAUAGGAGGUCUGGAGCCCCACUAGAGAUUCCCUCCCUUUUUCUGGAAGCCACGUCUAAUAUCACAGAUCAAACCAAGGCUGGUCCUCCACCUGUGUUUCCUAGAGAAAUUUCUUCCAAGCCACCAACUCCAGACUUGGAAAUUAAACAGUUGUCUAAGGAAGAGUCUACUGGUAAUGUCCAUAUUAUACAUACCUCUCAGCCUGCAUCUAUAUUAGAUGACACUGGUAAGAAGUUAGAGAAGAUGGAAGAACACACAUUCUCUCAAGACAGCGUGCAAGGAAAGAGUAAUAAAAGUACUGAAUCUUCUCUUGAUAUACUUCCACAUGACAUAUCCUCAAAUUAUUCCAGUAAAGUGCAGGUAAAUGGCACACAGGCAUCGUCUGCCACCCCUAUCUUGAAAAUCCCACAGCCAGAUACUCAACCUACCACUGGACAUCCAGCUGUUUUUGCUGCUGCUUCCUCAGCACACCAGCCAACACUUAGAAAGGAUAUCAAAGAUAUUGAUUCAGAGGAACUUUUUGAGGCAAGGUUUAAGAAGAGGGAGUCAUCCUUGACACAUGGCCUGAAACGAUUGGCAAAGGCAAAGUCUGUAGAAAACUCACCAGUUCUCCCACGGAAAUCAGAUGAAGAGGUUUAUCGACCUGGCCCUGUAGGCGCCCCAUUGGAGUUUGGACCUAGAAGAUUACAGGAAAAAUCCAAGUCUGUCCAAGACCUCAGGGAGGUGGAGAAGGAAUCUGGGCUUGGACUUGUUGGAAGAUUCUCUAUGCGUGCAAGGAGAUUGCAACCCAUUCAUAAAAAAGGCAAAGAGGAGACCUCAGAUUCUGUAGCUAACAGACGGCGAGUUACCUGGGCUAUGGGACAUAGCAAGUCCUUGGACAAAAAAGAAGUUGAGACAGGAACCUUUGAUAACACUAUAGAUACAAACAAAGAAAAUCUUGGGAAAGAUAGUAAGAAGGUUGCUGAAUCGCCUGUCCUUGCUGUGCGACGUAAAUUCGAAUCUGUUUCAGGAAUAUUUGAUAGAGUGCAUAGUAAGUCAAAAGACAGAGAUGAUAAGGAAACUAAACCCCACGUUGAUGCAGAAACUCUAAAAGAAGAGAAGCAAGACAUCAAGAAAAUAAACGAUUCACCAGUUCUGGCAUUGCGAAAAAAGUUUGAGUCGAAGGUAUCUGGAUUUUCAUUAAGAAAACAAAGUCAGCCUGAGAAGAGGGAGGGAGAUAAGGAAACUACAAAUGAAGGACAGAAAACACCUUUGCUCUCCUGUCAUCGCCGCUCUCAGUCUGAUGGGCUCAUUCACAAGAAUGUGGACAUUCCCGAAAACCAGCUUCCUUCACAAACUGCUACAACAUCAUCCAAAGAGACGCUGAGCUACACUUCUAGUGCACAGUCUGUAGAGUCCAUUCAGACUCCUGAAACUGACAUAAGGUCUAGGUGGGACAGAUGGGGUUUGUCCAGAAGUAAGAGAGACAGGACACCAUCUAAAUCAAGGGCACCUGCAACUUCAAAGGAAGUUAUUUCAGAUUUUCCUCCAGUUUUCCACAUUACACUAAAGGACCAUGUUCUUCUUGAAGGAAAUCCAGUCACCCUUAGUUGUCUUCCAGCUGGUAGCCCUGAGCCUAAAAUAUUAUGGAUGAAAGAUAAGAAACCUUUGGAGAUUGACGACAGAAUGAGUUUAGUGGCCUGCCCAGAUGGAAGGCAACUUUUGAUGAUCAUGAAGACCUCUAAGAAGGAUGCUGGAAUCUAUGAAUGUGUAGCCACUAAUAACCUGGCCUCUGCAACUACUUCCUGUAUACUGUCCUUAGCCUGUGUUCCAAAACCUCCGGGAACCCCAGAGAUUCCACAGAUAUACAAUGACACUGCUCUGGUGCGAUGGAAACCUUCAGACACCAAAGUUCCUUGCACAUACAUACUUGAGAGAAAAUCUGAUGGUGAUGAUAAGUGGUUGACUGAAGCUACAGGAGUGACUGAUUGUUUCUACAAUUCCUCUAAACUUCCAUCUGGUUCUACCAUCCGAUUCCGUGUGGCAUGUGUAAAUAAAGCUGGCCAAGGUCCAUACAGUAAUGUAUCAGAGGGAGUAAGCAUUAACGUUGAAGUGGCACCACUCCAUAACCCUGCAGAAAUGAAGACAAACCCCUCUGCCUCUUUCCCUGUUGUGACCACCGCUGUGACGGCAUCUGCUUUUACGUUAGCACAGCCAAGUGUGUUUAGUCAGCCUAUUAGUCCUAUUACUGCACAGUCUGGUGAAGUCACAAAUACUUCCUCAGAAGUCCCUGUUUCUCACUCUUUCCCAAAGGCAUCCAUGCCUCAUCUUGUUCUCCCCAAGCCAACAAGCGCUAUCAACAUGAUUCCCCCUAUUACCCAAGCCCAAACUGUAUUUCCAAGGUCAAGCACAGCUCCACCCUCAAUAGGCAGAUCAAUUUCCCCUGUCCCUACAUAUGUUCCAGCCACUUGCUCAGAUGCUCCCACCCCUGUCUCUCCCCCUGUGAUACUGGUCAGCAGUAUCAGUCCAAUAGGAGAAGGAGCAAGCUCUCCCACACCAGAGACACCUACAGGACGAGUGGUAUCCUACACCAAAACUGAGACCACUUUGAGGCAAGGAGUUCCCCAGAAGCCGUACAGCUUUUUGGAUGAGAGAGCCAGGGGCCGUUUCGGAGUGAUAAGAGAUUGCAGAGAAAACGCAACAGGGAAGAUGUUCAUAGCAAAGAUAAUUCCCUAUGAUCAGCAGACUAAGCAAACUGUCAUAAAGGAGUAUGAGAUCUUGAAGUCCCUCCAUUGUGAAAGAAUCAUGGCCCUACAUGAAGCCUAUAUCACACCUCGCUACCUUGUGCUCAUAACAGAGUACUGCACAGGCAAGGAGAUCCUGUAUAGUCUCAUAGACAGAUUCUGUUACUCUGAAGAUGAUGUAGUGGGUUUCAUUGUCCAGAUUCUUCAGGGUUUAGAAUAUCUCCACAACUGCCGGAUUCUUCAUCUGGACAUCAAGCCAGACAAUAUCAUAGUCACCAACCUCAAUGUGAUUAAAAUCAUAGACUUUGGCAGUGCUCAAAGGUUUAACCCUCUCUCAUUCCAACAAUACAGCAGAGAUCUUGGGACUCUGGAGUACAUGGCUCCAGAAAUGCUGAAAGGGGAUCUAGUAGGACCCCCGGCAGACAUUUGGAGCUUGGGAGUUCUUUCCUACAUUAUGCUCAGCGGUAGGCAUCCUUUCCAAGACAAAGACCCAAAAGUGACAGAGACAAAAAUCCAUGCAGCAAAGUUUGACUCAUCUAAGCUCUACCCAAAGGUGUCCCAAAGUGCCUCCACGUUUUUAAAGAAGAUGUUAAAUGGCUAUCAAUGGUGCCGACCCACCAUUAAGGACUGCCUCAAUCAUUCAUGGCUUCAUGACUCAUAUUUAAAGAAGCUACGUCGACAGACCUUGACUUUCACUACCACACGGCUCAAAGAAUUCCUAGGGGAGCACCAGCGCAGAUGUGCAGAGUCGGCUACUAAACAUGAGGUCCUUCUCAGAGUCUACCAGAGUGGACCUUCACCCCCGGCCUCAUCUAAACCACACCUACCAGUGAAGACAACGACUUUGACUUUUAACUUUAAAUGUCUGGAAAUUCUAUCAGGACCUUCCUUGAUGACAAAUAAUAUGAGUUGAAGAAAAAACUGCACUCUUAUCUCAAGAGAAAAAAAAGAGAGAGGAAAAAACUGACUACAUGUUAAGAGUGAUAACAGGAAAAGCUGGUCGAUAGCAAGUAACAGUUGUUUCAAGGUGAUGGACAUUACAUAAAGAGCAAUACUGGAUUAAAUUAUCUUUGGAUCAGCGAUUGUACCAGAAUGGUUUUUUUUUUUUAAUAAUAUCAUUAUUGUUUAGUAUUUAUGUAGGUUGCAAUUGGUGAUGCAUCUAUUUGAACUUGAAUUAAGUAUCAUUUUAAGAAUUGCAGAAGCAAGUAAUAAGAGCUGUCAAUGAAGAAGAAUACAGUAAUACUGUUUUCUACAUUUUUCUUUUGAGAAUUCUUUAAAUGCACAGUUGUUUGCAGUGUAAAAUGCUGAUGUGUCAGUUUUUAAUAUAUAUAUAUAUAUAUAUAUAAAGAGAGAGAGAGUGUCAGCAACAUAGUACACUUUUGAGCUUCAUGCUCUGGUGUUUCAAGUUGUUUCAAAGUUUAUUUAUGAAAGGCGUUACAAAGUAGUUGUCACUACUGUGUAAAUCUUGUAGAUGUAUGUUUACAUUUGAUUUUAUAUUUCAAACUCUGUAUAUCACACUGUUUGGCAUGUCUUUAGACAUUUUGCUGUUUUGCUUUUGUAAAAUAUUUGAUAUGGGUACUUUGAUAACAGGUAUAAGUAUAUAUUUACAGUUUUUUCCCCUUUCUAAGGAAGCAUUCUUUCAAUAGAAUUAAAAAUAAAACAUGUUAAUUGAAGACAUAAAACAA